UUCUUCUUCUCCUCCUCCUCACAGCAUCGGAAGCACGCAAUCACGCGUGCCAAGAACUGAGCCCCCGAGCAGAUCCGCGUCCGCGCGCGCCAGGGCCUGGUUUUUCUAGUCCCGUCCCUUCCCCCAACCCCAACCAGGUCUCCGCCGCCGCUGCGGUCCAUCGGUUCGGUCUCCCGACUUCACUUUCACAUGGCCUGCCGUGCCGCGUCUCUCCCACGCCACUCUCGCCGGUCACCAGAUCGUCGCUCGCUUCCGUUAUUAACCCGUUUUGUAGCUGAUUCCGGGGCUCCUGCUGCCCGCGGUCCACCCUUCGGUCAGCUAAUAACGCCUCCGCCUCUUCCCUUCCCUCCCUUCCCCCUUGGGCUUGGGCCCUGCCCAUUAAACUCGAGCAGGGCACUGUUUCUACAACGUUUGCCGUUCUCGACCGACCAUUGAUGGCCACGAAGAGUUAAGCCCUGCUCUGGGAAGGGCACUGUUUCUUUAGCUUCCAUGCGUAGUAGGCACGCGGCGCACGCAGGCAGGCAGGCGGGCAUGGAAAAGGGAACUGUAGCGCCCACGCGUUACCGACCGAGAGAGAGAGAGUCGAGCGAGUCCUCCACGUCCGCCUCCGCCCCCCAAACCAAAGGCAUACAAGCCGUCGUGUGUUAAUGGAAACGGACAAGUGUGAGGAGGAGGAGCAAAGCCAGCAGCCUUUUUUCCCUUGACGCCUCGCCUCGCCUCGCCUUGCUGCCCCCUCCUCCCGUUCUCGAACAGGUCAAGCCGCGCCUCCUCUCGCCUGCCUGCGUCCUUGCUCUUCCUCCUCCUCCCUUUGCCCGUCGUCCGCUCCGCUUCGUUGUCUCAUCCGCUGCCGUUCUAGCAAGCGGGGCAGCGUCGCGCCUCGGCCUGAUGCUCCACCACGCUCCAGUCCACAGCCUCCCCGGUCCUUCUCGUUCCCGUUGAGAGCGGCGGCUUGCCCGGCCCCCGGGUCCUCUUCACCUCACCUAACCUUGUUUCUAGUUUCGGUCCGUCGGUUGGUGCCUCGUCGGCUGCCUCUCGCUGCUUGGCCCGUUUCUUCCUGGGGUCGCGGGCCUGGAGUACACAAGUAUAUAAUCUUCCCGGCCGUCGUCUUCUCUUUCUCGACCUGCCUCUCUUCGCAUUGGCCCGUUCCCGUUCCUCGCUCCCUGCUGCUCCUUCCGAGACAGACUGCCUGGGAUCGAAGCACACGAUAGGAGAGACCUCCUCUGUCGUCUGUGCCUGGGUGAGAGGUCGGGUGGUGGUGGCAGUGCUUGGAUGCUUCACGCGAGGCCUUGGAUGGUGGAUGCUGCGUGCUGCUGGUCUCUGCGCUGCGCCUGAGGUGAGGAAUCCGGUGCUUCCCUCCACUUCUCUUCUCCUGCCUUUUUUUUCUGGGCCAAAGUGAUCAUGUAGUAUCUUUCGCUUGGAGAUUCUUUUCAGCUUAAAUUACUGUUGGUGUAGAUUAAGCGUGUCUGGUUCCUGGUUUUAAUUACUUCUUGCCUUGACAGAGGAAAAGGAAAGAUGGAUGCAACUUCCUUUCCUGUUUCUCUCUCUCUCUCUCUCUAACCCAUACAUAGCUUUCCUUUGCUGCCGUGUUAAAGGCAGCAUAGCAACAAAGCGAUUUCCCGUUGCACCCGGCCGUUCUUUCCCGUUGCACCCGGCCGUUCUUUACGCCGGUGAUGAAGAACGCAUUUAAGGUCAUCCUUUUCGGCUGGGCUUUACUACCGCUCUUUUGCAGCGUGGGCGCGGCUGCGACUUUUGUUUUUAAUGGCACUUUUCUUUUACUACAGUAAUUAAUCAUGUGGUUCAAGAGUCCUCUUCAUCUCUUUCAUCUUUGCUCCUGUACUUAUUACUGCUUCUGUACCUGCACUCUGUUCACCUCUCUCGCUACGGAGCAAAGAUGCAUCAGCCGUCCUUCCUAGUUCAGAACCUGUUUUGCGAGUACCGGCGCCCACGUUCUUGCUGGCCACUGUCCGUUUGUUUGACAGGAGACGGCGGUGAAACAGUAAUACUAGCUGUUUAUCAGCCUUUCAGCUUAAGCAAACCAAGCACGUACAGUCAGUACGACGGUACUGCCCUGUCCCUCCUUGUGUCGUUAAGACAAGGAACGCCUUUAGAUGUGCUGUUGAUGGAUACAGUGUACGCCAUGGAUCAUCAUACUACCAAGCAAGUUUUAGGGUGUGGUGUAACUGCAUGCCAUUUAUAUGGUGCCCCUGGUACUUGAGAGGAAUUAAUGUGCUGGGGGGGGGGGUGCUGAGGACGGAGGUUAGCUGUGCCUGCUCCCAUUUGGAGGGACGAAGUUUUAUCCUGUGGUUACUGCUUGUCGAUGUCAAGCAAUUUUUAUGUACUCUAGAGAUUAGUUUGGCCGCAUCCUCCGUAUCUUCUACUUCUUGACCAGGGAUGGAGCUUGUAUACAUGGAAAGGAGAAACGGAUCGUACGACGAUGGCGCGGUUCCAGAGUUCAGUGGAAGGGGGGCUGGAGGGGAUCAGGAUCAGGACCCGCCCGCUGCUGCAUCCGAGGUCCAGUCUGACUCGCGUCAGACACCGGACGAGAAGAAGAGCAAGGGCUGCCAAUCAUGCCGUGACCCAUUCUGUUCAUGCAGCGGCGGCACGCCCCACUCGGAACUGUUCCCCCCACAUCCCGCCAAGAUGAUGAUCCUGGAGUUCCUCAUCGCGAGCCUCAGGCACCCGACAAGAACCCACAACGUCAGUGAUCUCGACGACCUGAUCGCCGACGGGGUCAGCCAAGGGAGCGUGGUAAACCUCGGCCCUUCUGAGAAGAAGGUGCUGGAAUCUCUGCACGCCAUGGUAAACGCCAAGACGAGGCCGAAGAGCCCGUCGCCGUUCAUGGCGGGAUCUAAGCUGAGGAAAAUCCGGUCCAAGUCCCACGUCAUAACGCAGUCGGAAAUACUGAAGCUCAUCUCUCCUGAGACGUGGGAAGCCUCCUCCUUCCCUGGGGCGUCUCCGAUGAUCGGCGGAGGCACGGCUGAGGACGGCGUCCAUGGGAACAAGCCGCCGCCGCCGUGCUGCUCGUCUGUGAGCUCAAACCAGCAUGUUCUGUCACGGUGCCCGUCGUCCCUCAGCGCAUGCCUUCUACAGUGCAUAUGGAAGGAUGGCCUGCCUCAUUUUGAGCUGUCACUGGACGAUCAUCCCAUUGCGGUGUACGCUGCAAGUCCAGUCAGGGUGCUGGAGAAGGACAGGGCCUUCGACUACGUCUACAUGAUCCAUUCGGGAGAGCAAGGAAGAAAAGACUGGAUGGGCCACUCGAGCAACGUGUCCAGACUUGUGGGCAAGGUGAAGGUGUCAAGUUCUCUUGUUCUUAACCCAGACAAGUCAGGUCUUUUGGAAACCGAGUUUGUUCUGUAUGGUUCUCCGGACGACUAUCUUAGGCAGAUGCGCAGUCCCUACAGCGUGCCGAAAGGGAAGGGCCUUGUCAGGAGGGUGACAGAGAUCAUGAGAGCAGGCAAUGUUUCCGCUAGCCCGAGACAUCCCUGGAAGCUGGGCAAAUCUUCCUCUCAUCAGUUCGACGACUUGGCUGGAGUACUUGAAGGUGAAAUGAUCAGUGCUGGAGGAUCAGACCUGGUGAGUCUCAAGGCCGACGAUCUGCCGUCCAACCAAGAAUUAGCAGCGAUUGUGGUGAGGGAACAGCGGCGCAGACGACGGAAAGAGCCUGUUUCGGGUGGCUGGGGCCUCAAGUUCCUUGAGAAAGCAGGACUGAAUCGCCCACAAGGCACUGAAGAAACUGAUGUUCAGAACAGUGAUGGUGCCACACAUUGUGUAACUGUUGUUGUCCCCAGAGGCUACCACGGCGGCGUGGUAUCAAAGAGUAGUCGCCCGUCAGGCCUCGUCGAGAGAUGGAGAUCUGGAGGACGCUGUGACUGCGGCGGAUGGGAUCUUGGCUGCCCCAUCAGAGUGCUCAACGGUGAUGGAUGUGGCUCCUUGCCUGAAGGAGAGUCACGGGACAGAAGGUCGGUAGAGAUAUCGAUCAAGGGUGCAAAGAAUGAGACAAUGUUGAAGCUCGUGAAUAUCACGGAGGACUUGUACAUCCUCUACUUCGACUCGAGUAUUUCACCAUUGCAGUGCUUCUCAACAGGGAUAGCGAUUGUGCACAGCCGAGCGCCAGAGCUUUGCCCCAAACUGUGAAUUGCGCACAGCCAGGCACGCACCCGAGCUUUGCCCCCCAAACUGUGAAUUGCAAAGCUUGGUGUAGCUGAAUUACAAAGAUUCGUGAAGCACUAUGUACAUGUAGAUAGUAGAAUGGGAAUAAUUCUUGUUAUUUUUAACUUAUAUAAUUUUGAGAGAGAAAAGCAGGCAGCUGUUUUCAGACUGCUUUUAAAUCAUCAAUCUGUUGGUUUGGCCGAUUGAGCGAAAGCUAAGAAACAUGAAUUACAAAUCAUGUUUCGUUAACAAUUACGAUUUUUUGAAUCCCUUGAUAAAUAUAUAGAUCUCUUAUAUUGACUA